CAAGAUCUCUCUCUCUCUCCUCGUCCCCUCUCUUCAUCGACCUCCCCCUCCUCCUGUCUCCGCCACUCAUUAGUUUCAUUCAAUCUCUUCUGCAUUGCGUGCUCCUCUACUCAACAUGGCUGGUCCCCAUGUAAACGGUGCAUCCAAGGGUGUAUAUCCUCAUCCAUUGGACCAAUUGAGUGGCGACGAGGUCAAAAUCGCCCGACAGGCCGUCCUCGAUGCACGGAAGCAUGCCAUCUUGUUCCGCAACAUUUACGCUGUAGAGCCACCAAAGGCCGAACUGGUUGACUUUCUCAAUGCCGAGCAUGCCGGUGAGCUGACGGCGAACACACCUCGUCCACCUCGACAAGCGCGCGCUCAGUAUGAUGUUAUAUAUGAGAAGGGACACCACGAGUAUAUGGAGUCCGUCAUCGACAUCGCCUCGGGAAAGGAAGUGAAUCUCAGAAAGCCGGAGAAAGGAUCCCAGCAAUCCCUAACCGUGGACGAAUUUAGGGACUUCGCCAAUAUUUGCAUGGCAUCGGAGAUGUUCAAAGAUGCCAUCAAGGAACUCAAACUAGAUGCUGAAAAGUUUGAAAUUGCCAUUGAUCCAUGGCCAUAUGGUGGGCCCGACCCUGGCGAGGUCACGCCUCGCUAUACCCAAGGACUCUGCUUCGCCAAGCUGCGCAAUGGCAAUCCAGACACCAACCAUUAUGGCUUUCCUCUGCCGAUCAUUCCUGUGAUGGACACGUACAAGAAGGAGAUCAUCCGGAUUGACAGACUGGCCACUGGAGGCACCGAAGACGGCCUGGAGUACGGUACCGCCAAGGGCAAUGUCCUUGAGCAUUGUCUCCCGGCGGAGUACGUGCCAGAGUUGUUGGACGUUCCUCUACGGAAUGAUGUCAAACCAUUGAACGUGUUGCAACCUGAAGGGCCAAGUUUCUCGGUCAGCGAUGAUUCCCUGAUCGAAUGGCAAAAAUGGAGAUUCAGAGUUGGGUUUACACCCCGCGAGUGCGCUGUGCUACAUGACGUGCACUAUGACGGCCGAAGUGUUUUAUAUCGAUUGAGUCUGUCGGAGAUGACUGUCCCGUAUGGCGACCCCAGGCCACCUUUCCAUCGCAAGCAGGCUUUCGACUUUGGUGAUGCCGGUGCGGGCCGUGCUGCCAACAAUCUUGCUCUUGGCUGUGAUUGCCUUGGAGUGAUCAAAUAUCUUGAUGCCAUGCUUGUCAAUUCAGAUGGUGAACCAUCAUUGUCGCGCAGAUGUGUCUGUAUCCACGAACAGGACAAUGGUAUCGGCUUCAAACACACCAAUUUUAGAACCAAUCGCGCGGUGGUUACGAGGAACCGUGAAUUGGUCGUUCAAUUCAUUAUCACUCUUGCCAACUACGAGUACAUCUUUGCCUACAAAUUUGACCAAGCAGGAGGAAUCACCGUCGAGACCCGUGCCACUGGUAUUGUGUCCGUCGUCAACAUCGACCCGGGUAAGACGAGCCCGUACGGAAACGUCGUGUCGCCUGGAGCCCUGGCGCAAAACCACCAGCAUAUCUUUGCGGUUCGAAUUGACCCGGCCGUUGACGGACAAAUGAACACGAUAUUUACUGAGGAAUCACUACCUAUCCCCAUGAACCCGAAGACGAACCCAUUCGGCAACGGUUACGAAGUUGUCCGCAAGCCUGUCACCAAGUCAUCGUGGAUUCAUGCCUCUCCUUUCACCAACCUCACUGUAAAAAUGGCGAAUGCAAACAAGAUCAAUCCCAUCUCACAGCGCCCUGUCGCUUACAAGUUCAUCCCAUCCGCCAGUCAAUUGAUCUUGGCGGAUCCGGAGUCCAUAGUAGCCAAAAGAGCAGCAUUUGCACACCAUCAUGUUUGGGUGACUAAAUACAAAGACGAUGAACUCUUUGCGGCUGGGGAAUUUACGAAUCAAUCUCAAGUAGAGAAAGGGGGUGUUGCUGAUGCAGUCGCUCGUGAGGAGGAUGUUGAAAACGCAGAUGUGGUUGUAUGGAACGUUUUCGGACUCACUCACAACCCUCGUGUUGAGGAUUGGCCUGUCAUGCCGGUCGAAAUACACCAGCUACAUUUGAGGCCGGCCGACUUUUUUGAGAGAAACCCAGCCCUAGACGUUCCGGGGAUCGAGAAUGCUAGCUCUGUGGAGGUUGGAAGGGAUGCGAAUGGAGCAUGCUGCCAUGGCGCCGAGACCGUCAAGGGCAGUGGCUCUGUCCAAGCGGCGCCAACCUCUCACCUUCAGGGAACCGAAAGUGUCCCUGUAUCACAGAUCAACGGUCAUUAAAUAUCCUAUAUCGGUAAUGGAGCGACAGACAUGGGUCAAAUAGCGGUCUAUCCAAGCAAAGUGCAAUUAAGAAAGUGUUGUGAGGCAGAGAGAUUCAAUCUUUGGAAGCAAGGAAUGUGUUCUCGGGUCAAUGAUAA